AUGUCUGCACAAUGGAACGCGACGCCGGCGAGUGCUGUCGUUGCUCCUCCUGACGAAGAAGGCGCGUUCUGCAAUCUCCUGCAGCGCACCUCCUCCUUUGGGGCUGCCGAGCCACGGACGAAUCAGCGGCGAGGAGCCCCAAUGACCCGCGUCCGCCGCUAUACCGCGAAUGCCUCAUGUCCUGGCCCGCCCAAAAGUCUAUUCAUCGUUCCAUUAUCGCUUCGAGAACCGUCGCCCACGCCACCAAUACCGCUGUGCACCUCCAUCAUGGCUGCACAGCCCAGCACAACUGCACGCCUGCCCGUCGACACCCUCUUCACCCAGAGACUGCCUAAGAUUGAGGUACUGUUCCAGCCUCCUUGGUUCCGAGUCAAAGCGCCAAGCGACGCUCAGACUUCCGUUCGCUGCAUUGCUAAUCCCGCGACUCAGCUUCAUGCCCACUUGACCGGCAGCAUCAGUCGCCAGUGCCUGCACGACAUAUGGCAGACAAAGAGGGCGCGCCAUCCUGCCCUCGACCUGCAAGACCCUCUGGUAGCUAUUCCCACGGGAAAGGUCGACUAUGAUAUCAAAACGUUCUUCCCGCUGUUUUCCUCGUACAUAUACCGCCUUUGCAGCGAUUUGCCCAGUGUCCAGUAUUCAACCAAAGUUGUGCUGCAAGACUUCCAAAAUGACGGUGUCGUCUAUGUUGAGCUUCGAACAACUCCAAGAGCAAUUCCUGCAGAGAAUGUAACCAAGGAAGAUUACGUCAAGACCAUCUUGGAUAUACUAAAGGCCCACAACGACGAUGCUAACAACACGAUGCGAGCUUUCCUCAUACUGUCCAUCGACCGCCGCAACACCGUCGCCGAGGCAGAAGAGGUGAUUGAUCUCGCCAUCAAGUAUCGGUCUGCCGGAGUCGUCGGUGUUGACCUCUGCGGCGACCCAGCGAAAGGUGACGUGCGCAUUUUCGGUGACAGCUUCGCGCGAGCAAAGGCUGCAGGACUGAAGAUCACGCUGCACUUUGCCGAGAGCGAGCCUUCGUCUUCAGACUUGGAGCUGCAGACGCUUCUAUCAUGGCAGCCCGACAGAAUAGGUCACGUUAUACAUGUCAAAGAAGAGUUUCGAAAAACUAUCGAACAGCAUGAUAUCGGUGUUGAGCUGUGCCUCAGCUGUAAUGUGCAUGCUAAGAUGAUCACGGGUACUUACUCGGACCAUCACUUUAGAAUGUGGCGGCAAUCCAGUGUUCCGGUCGCACUGAGCACUGACGAUGUUGGUGUUUUUUGCAGUCCUCUCUCGCAAGAGUACUAUCUUGCAGCGCAGCACUUUGACUUGAGCCGUAACGACAUCAGAUCACUUUGCGAGCGCGCAAUCGAUUCAAUAUUUACCGGUCCGGAUGAACAUGCCCGUCUCAAGCAGAUCUACGCGACUUGGGACGGAUGGGUGUUGUGA